UUUUUUUUCUUCUUCUUCAUUUUAUUAAUACAUACAACAACAAUGGUUGGCUUGAUAGACAAGUUAAAGUCUCAAAUUGAAAUAUGGAAAGUAGAAAAAUAUACCAAACGACGUACUUUUCUUCCUGAAUAUGAUUCUAGAGAUACCGAAUAUUAUCGCCAACAUUAUCACGAUGGUGUUUAUUACAAUAGUGACCAAACUCCUCCACCACCACAAGCAAGAACACCUACAAGCACGCAAUAUCGAUCCUCUUUAGGGAAACGCAUGUCCGUUAUGAUUAAAAAGAAGUCAUCCUCAAACUCACUUCCACAUCCUCGGUGUUCUGAAACUUAUAAUGCUAACUAUGAACGGUAGAUACUUUGGUCUGUAUUAGUCCUCUUUGAUAAAAAUUUUUUUUAGCUUUCUCUAUCUCUCUCCUCUCUUAUACAUAUAAUUUUUUUCCCUUUCCUCCUUCUCCUCUGUCAACUCUCCCUCUUUGUUCUCUCUCUUUUUUUUUUUUUUAGUAUUCCCCACCUCCUCUUUUAUCGUUUCUUUUUAGUUUUGGAUUUCUUUGUGUGUGUGUUUGUGUGCGUAUGUUUAUUUGUCAUUAGUGUCCCCUCUCCUCAUUCACCACCAAUCUCCCUUUUUUGGAUUAUGUAAGAAAAUAGACCUCCUUUAUUUUUAUCCUUUUUUUUUUAUUUUUAUAUUUGUUGUUGUUCUCAUUGGAAUGGUGUCACAAAGGAUUAUCGUUUAUUGUUUGGAUACUUGUUA